UCACUAGCUAGGUUGAAAAUAUAACGUUACAUAUUUUCAACCUAGAUAAAUCACACAGGGUUGUCCAAAAGUUCUAAGGAUUUUCGCACGUCAGGUUUUCCCGCACGUGCCACAUGUGGUUCCCAUAGCAACCAUAAAAUGGCAUCAACAAGAUAACUGCUUUCUGUGACAAUGACAAAUCCAGGCAGCCAUAAACCAUUCAAGGCACCGACUCCUCCUGUCAUUGGUAAAGUGAGUCACCAUAGCAUUGACCUGAGCUGGGAGACAGAGGAGAAUGAACCACGGACGGGCUCACCAGAGAAAUGGACCCGCUUCUCUGUAGAAGAGAUGGACCCCAAAUCCCACACAUAUGGGACUAUCUAUGUUGGGUACAGCAGUCACCACACUGUAGAAAGUUUGGAGCCCAGCACGUCCUAUAAGUACAGACUGAGAAUCACAAGACCAACUGGGGAGUCCCUCUACAGCCCGGCUGUGUCUGUCUCUACCACACGUGAGCCUAUGAGUGGGAAGAACCUCCAUCGUGCUGUCAACAUGAAUGAUGAGGAGGACAUGACCAGAGUGUUGGAGUCUGGGACAGUCAGUGUGAACGUCAAUGACAAACACGGCUUCACUCCUCUCAUGGUGUCUGCACAGAAAGGCUUUGCCAGACUGGUUCACAAAUUGGUAGAACACGGUGCAGACGUGAAUAUGAAGAACGGUAGUGGGAAAGACAGUCUGAUGCUGGCAUGUUUCUUUGGCCACCUGGACAUAGUGAAGUACCUGAGGAGAUUUGGGGCCACGUGGCAGUCCCAGGACAUGGGGGGCUGUACCCCCCUCCACUGGGCAGCUGACGGAGGACACCUUGCUGUCAUAGCCUACAUGAUCCAGGAUGGCUGUGAAGUAAGACUGGUGGACACCGUGUCCCACUGGACUCCUCUGAUGAGGGUGUCAGCGGUCAGUGGGAACCCAGCGGUGGCCUCUCUCCUCAUCAGAGCCGGGGCUGAUGUCAACACCAGGGACAAGGAUGGCAAAACACCACUUAUGGUGGCAGUGUUGAACAACCAUGAGGAGCUGGUGCAGCUGUUGUUGGACAGUGGGGCCGACCACGAUGUGAAGAACGAGUUUGGGUCAGGGGCAGCUGAAAUGGCAAAGGCCUUUGGAAGAGAGGUAAUGUAUUUCUCCAUAUCCAUUACUGUUGUGUUAUAUGCUACUGUUAUAGUGAAUAUAUGAGCAAAUGUUGAUUAUCAUUUUUCCCCCCUCCAGAAUAUCAUCAGUUUAUUAGAAGGACGGAAGAGUAUAGUCAGAGAUGGUAUAGUCCAUUAUUAAAGAGUAUAGUCAGAGAUGGUAUAGUCCAUUAUUAAAGAGUAUAGUCAGAGAUGGUAUAGUCCAUUAUUAAAGGGCUUUGGUGGACAGCAUUAUUAUUCUAAUAGCUUUAUUACUGUUGUUUAUUUAUUAACAUAUUGUGUGUAUGUGCUGUAUCUUAAUAAACCUGUAUUUUUAUCUGGAUAUUUGUUUUGUAUAACAAAACAUGUAUACAUAUACUGUAUACCAAUUUGUAAGGAUGAAUGAAAUAAUAAACCAUUAAGAAUUCCCUCAAGACCCAAGGGAUUGACUUGGUUUCGCUAUACCGUACAGAUACAGUGAGCACCAAA